AAAAUUUGGUUUUUCUCUGAGGUUGGUCAUACUGAAAUUGCAGCUGCUGGAUUAUUUUCACACGCAAAAAAAGUUAAACUAUUUAGUAAUUGAAAAAAUCUUUACGGAAUAAAACAUUUAGUUAACAAAAAGGAAGGCAUUAACAUUAAAAAACUAUUUUCACCCACAACAGUUUGUUCGACAUAAUAAAUUUGGUGAUUUUGUAAGGAAGAAAGGUCAAACGAAGUAGAAUUGUCAAAGUCGCGCAAAUACGAGCAAAACAAAGAGAUUGACGUGUGCUGUAAUGGAAUAGACAUCAACAUUUUAUUUGCCCACAGAACUACAGUAGUCAUGGAUGAUAAUUCACAGGAUAUUUGCCGUGUGUGCCGUUGUGAGGCACAAUCGGACCGUCCACUAUUCUACCCAUGUAUAUGUACGGGCAGUAUUAAGUACAUACACCAGGACUGCUUAAUGCAAUGGAUGCGUUAUUCACAUAAGGAGUAUUGUGAAUUGUGCGGUCAUCGCUUUAGCUUUCAGCCGAUCUAUUCGCCUGAUAUGCCGCGUGUUUUGCCCUUACGUGAUGUGGCUGGUGGUUUAUUAUCGGCUGUUGCCAAGGCAGCCAAAUCAUGGUUCCAUUAUUCUUUAGUCGGUUUGGCCUGGUUCGGUAUCGUGCCAUUGUCUGCCUACCGUACAUACCGUUAUUUGUUUCGCGCUUCAUCAUUUGACAUGAUACUAUCCAUGCCGUUCGACGUUUUCUCCACAAACAAUUUGGCUUCUGAUGCAUUCCGCGGUUGUUUCGUUGUAACUUGUACGCUACUGUCGUUUAUCGGUUUAGUUUGGCUGCGAGAGCAGAUAUUACAUGGUGGUGGUCCGGAUUGGUUGGAACGCGACGAUGCACCAGCUGCUGUGAAUGAUGGCGAAGAACAAGCACAACCGGAAGUAGCUAGACCACCAGCCGCUGCUGAAGAUGUCAGAGUUGGUGGAGGUGUUGAUGCUGCAGUGCAAGCUGAACUUGGUGGUGACGAUGUUGCCGACAUUGAAGAUGAUGAAAGUGACAAUGAGGAAGCGCCUAUUGAUAUGCCAAUGAAUAAUGCAGCGCCAGCAGCUGUUAAUCCUGCAGAAGAGGAAGGUGAAAUACCGUUGGAAUUCGGACCAAGACAACAACAUCUGCCGGGUGUUGGCAACAACAAUAACAAUGUUAAUGCAGCAGCCGAUGAUGCAGGCGCCGCACAAGCUGGUGCCGCCGCAGCUGGUGCAGGUGCUGCCGCUGAAAAUGAUAACGACAACGAUGAACCUAACUGGAAUCCAAUGGAAUGGGAUCGUGCCGCCGAAGAACUGACUUGGGAGCGUUUGCUUGGACUGGAUGGUUCAUUAAUCUUUCUGGAACACGUAUUUUGGAUAAUCUCGCUAAAUACUCUAUUCAUUGUUACAUUCGCUUUUUGCCCUUACUGUAUUGGCAAUUUUAUACUAAGCUCUUUGGAUCUGCUGCAACCGGAUAAACCGCUGCUGCAUUUCCACGGUCUCAUCACCACGCUAUUCGGCUACUGCUUCAUCGGCUUAACUUUGGUUGUGCUACACUUCUUUGCGCGCGUCUUUCGUAUGCGUCGCGUGCGCUGGUUAAUCGGUCUGUGCUAUAUAGUUGUGAAAGUGUCGCUGCUGUCCGUUGUUGAAAUCGGUGUACUGCCACUAGUGUGCGGUUGGUGGUUGGAUAUAUGCUCGUUACCACUGUUCGAUGCCAGCAUAAAGGAUCGCAAGGUGAGCUUCAAAGCUGCUCCAGGUACAUCGCUCUUUGUUCACUGGAUGUUUGGCAUGGUGUAUGUCUACUACUUCGCCGCUUUCAUCUCAUUGUUGCGGGAAGUACUGCGUCCCGGUGUGCUCUGGUUUUUGCGUAAUCUGAACGAUCCGGAUUUCAGUCCAAUACAGGAAAUGAUCCAUUUGCCAAUACUGCGCCAUGUACGCCGUCUUAUUGCUUCCGCUAUGAUUUUUGGCUCCGCUGUGCUCUUAAUGCUUUGGCUACCGAUACGCAUGCUCAAAACAAUUUGGCCGUCAUUCUUACCUUACACACUAUCUGGCGAUUCGGUUGUUAAUGAGCUCAGCUUGCAACUACUACUGCUGCAGAUAAUUCUGCCCGGCUUCUUUGAACAAUCGCAUACACGCAUUUGGCUUAAGGGCUUGUUACGCAUAUGGUGUGUUUGUGUAUCCUGGGUGCUUGGCAUACGCAGUUAUUUGCUCGGUACUGAACAACCUAACGCUGACGCCGCCAAUAAUGCUGCAAACGGUGCCGCCGCCGCUGCACCAGCCGCUGAAGCUGCACCCGAAGCUGCUGCCAAUAAUGAUGCCGCACCGCAACCGAAUGCCAACGCUGACCAAGCAGAUGCUGCCGCCGCACGCCCACAACCCGCACUACCGUUACCACGCGAACGUAACCUCGGUGCAGUGCAUCAGGCUAUAAUGCAACGCGAUGUGCCGGUCGGUUUUCAACCAUACGAUCGUCCAUCACUCUUCCCGUUGCGCUUGUGUGGUCUACUCUUUUUCAUGUGCGUGUCUUUGGUAAUCGCUUCGGUCAUAACACUAACGGUACCGGUUUGGAUUGGUCGUCAAGUGAUGGCUUUGUGGUCCGUUGGUGGCCAUUUCACAAAUCAAGUAGUAGCCCAAGCACCGGAGGUAUCACCACGUCCACACGAACUGUACACGGCCGCAUUGGGCACCUAUCUCUGUUGGAUAAUCUCACGCGGUGUUGCGAUUGCAGUCAACUUGCUGCCGCAGGGACGUGCAGCAGUUGUUGACAAAAUAAAGCAUUGGCUACGUGUUGGCGCCUCCUACGCCUUGCCCGUACUCAUAUUCGUACUAAUGCUGGGCGUUAUACCGCUACUGUUUGGACUACUACUCGAGUUGGUGGUGGUGAUACCGUUGCGUGUGCCCUUCUUUCAAACACCCAUACACUUUUUGUGGCAAGAUUGGGCACUCGGUGUGCUCUAUACCAAAAUCGCCAUAGCGUUGACGCUAAUGGGUCCCGAUUGGCAUUUGAAGCGUGCACUCGAACGUGCAUACCGCGAUGGUUUGCGUGAUAUUGAUUUGAAGUUUUUGAUACGCGAAUUGGCCACACCCGUCAUCACCUGUUUCGGUUUGGCACUGGCCAUACCCUACGUAAUCGCGCACUCCAUAUUACCGAUAUUCUUUAAGAACUCCGUGGCACGCUUGGAAAUAUCGCGCAUUGUCUAUCCGGUAUUCUUCAUAAUUGUCGUGGUGAUUGCAUACAUUUACUUCGAGAUCAAACAAUUCAAAAAGCUAUAUGUCGCCAUUAAGGUGGACAAAUAUUUGGUGGGUCAACGACUGGUGAACUAUGAACAUCGCAAGCGCAAGCAAGAAGCCGAAGCUGCAGAGGCGGCCGCAGCAGCCUCAUCCUCAACUGAUGGCGCGCAAGCAGCCAAGGAUGAGCCCGAGGAGGCGGCCAUCAAUGCAGCGAGCAUACUGGAGCGCGAAGAGUUGGAAAUGCGGCGCAGAGAGGCAGCGCUGGUGGAAGAUUUGGUGCGUGAUGAUUUAUUAUAAUGCCAACAACACUAAAUUGCAGGCAAAUGAAAUGAAGAGAAGUGAAAAUAAUACCUACCGUUACUUAUGCAUACGUGCAUACCAUUUCCGAAGGUGGAAUUAGUGAAAUUAAUCUAUUACACGGCAGCAAAAUUAUGUAAACACAACAAACAAAUUCAAAUAAAUCGAAUUGUAUUAAGCGUCAGAAGGCGUUCAUUCAUUUAGGCGUGCAACUAUCAGUGAUUUGUGAUUUAUUUGUGUAAUAGAAAAUUUCAUUUUUGGUGUCAGUGACAUAAUUAAAAAGUUAAGCAGCAGCCUAAUGAUCAGCUUAAUGAGUUUUCGUGUCUCAAAAUUCUCGCAGUUUCUAAUUUCUAUUUGGAAAUGGUUGCCAUGUGAAUUGUGUAAAUUAAUUUGCGUACGAAAAGCCAGAAAGCGUUGUGAUCUGUAGGUAUGUGCGUGUAUUUCGUGCGCUCAACGAUUUGAGCUGCGUUUGAGCGCGAUUUUGGGUGUUCUAGAUUUAAUGGGGUCAACAGUUUAGCAUACGAGUCAUAAUAAAAUUAAUGGAGAAGCAAAAAAAAAAUUAAAUAAUUUCAAAAAAAAUAAAAUAAUUUGAAAAAAAAAAAUAAAAAAUAAAUAAUAUUAAAAAUAAUAGAUGUGAAAUAAUGCCGUUGUGAAUUCGGAAUUUGUUAUUUUAAAUAUUUUCCGAUAAUUUUUUUUUUAAUUUUUGCAAUUUUUUUUUUUUAAUUUUUGAAUUUUUUUUUUAAUUUUUGCAAUUUUGUUUUUAAUUUUUGCAAUUUUUUUUUAAAUUUUUGCAAUUUUUUUUUCAAUUUUUGCAUUUUUUUUAAUUUUUGAAAUUUUUUUUUUUAAUUUUUGCUAUUUUUUUUUUAAUUUUCACAAUUUUUUUUUUAAAUUUUCGCAAUUUUUGUUUUAAUUUUUUGCUUUCUUUUCAAAAAUCAAAAUUUCUGUCGUAAUUAUUUAGUAUGUAAAUUGUUUUCUUCACACAUAUUUGAAGCUGGAUAGCUGCAUAAUCUUACUCUAAAUUCUAUUAUAUACACUCAUAAGUAGCAAUAAAACGAAAUUCAAUAUUUAAUAUAAUUCAUUUAUAAAAAAUUCACCGACACUCCCAUACUUUUCUCUGUGUAUUGCAAAUAUUUUGUAAUUAUUAAAAUUUUAAAAUUCUCAACACAGAAUUUUUAAUAAAAAAAAACAAAAAAAAUUAGUAAUGAAAUGUAGUUUUAGUAAGUCAUAAAUAUACAUAUACAUAAACAUACGUACAUAGUAUAUAUGUACACAAUUGCAUAUAUAGAAUUGAACUUGAAUUCGCCGCAAAUCCAAAACUUUUUCUUUGGAAAUUACAGAAAAUUUAAAUAUUUUAAAUUCUGUAUUGAUUGCUAUUAAUUAAAUACCGAGUAUAUGAAUGUAUAUUGUAUAAGCUAAGGUUACGAACAAAAAUGAGAAUAAAAAUAAAAGACAUAAAAAAAUGUAAAAAAA